UGUGGUCCAUCGUCGAUUUGGAGAGAACAGAAAAAAUUGUUCUCUGCUGUAAAAUGGUUAUUUUAGUGAUAAAUUUGUAAAUUUCUCACGAAAUUUUCUGUAAAUUCAGUGAGGAAGAAACCAACAAUCAUCUUUUCGCAGUGCACAGUGUGCAGCACGAAGAAGAGCUGAAGAUUAUACAAAAGUGAAACGAGAUCUGGGAACGAGGCCAUUGUGUGUUUCAACACAGGAAGGCAAACAUGCCAUCCCUACGCCAGCGUGUUACAACAUAUUUUCGGCAAUUGAGCUUUAUCGCAGAACCACGCGAAGGAUCACGUUUAGCUGGUAGUUUGAGUCCUCGUCAGGGUGGUGAUGGAUCUUUCAUCACAAAAUAUCUCGAAGGCCGUCUGGAUUCAGCUGGCUCUGCACCGGAGAUAUUUAGUGGCAAAGAGCCGACUGAUUUGCCAGACUUUGGUUUGGGAAUUUAUGAAACUGGGCCAGAGGCGAUAACAGCUGCUUGUACGGGUCCAGAUGAGGGUUUGACCUGUGUCAAAAGGUCACGGCUUCACUUGAGUGCUGGACCGGAUAUUGACUUUAUUGAUACGCAAGAUCAGGAUUUUGAUGUGCGAAAGAGUCCCUCCCUGGCCACAAUUAAGAGCAAACAUAGUGCAAAAUUGAGUAUACAGCGUGGGGAUCAGAAUGCCAAUAAAUCCACAGGUGCUGCUGGGGACAAAAAGAAACCCAGCUCAAGGAAAAAUUCAACGACACAUCAGCCACCGGAGAAUGUUUCGUCGGUGGAGCGAAAGGGGGAAAAGACAACAAUAAAUCUUGUAGUGAGUUUGGUGAGUCGAUCACCGGCCAGGGAGGCGCAGCAAAAGACAGACUUUGAGCAUUCGGACAGUGUUAAUCAAAAUACAACACCUCCUCGUCAAGUGGAAUGUGAUACGGAAGGUGGUGAUGAAUCUCAUGAUGGGACAAAUGAGGAGUACAAGCAGACUGUGGAUAGUGAACCAAUUGCGGGUGUUGUCAAUUGGAAGGCGGAAAGUGAACAUGCUUAUGGAUUGUCGGUGUCACUGUAUGAGGAAAAUCCAAUUACAACAGAACAAUCUGGUAGUCCCAUUGCAGACUGUUUUGGGCUCGUUGCAAGGGGAUCUAGUGCUGCCCUAGCUCUCGCCGAUGGAGUUAAUUGGGGUGAAGGAGCUCGCUUAGCAGCAAGAUCUGCCGUUCUUGGCUGCCUUGAGUAUCUCGAUACUGCCAUCUUUGGACUGCAUGGUACGGCAAAAUCAACACGAGAAGUAUUGGUGAGCUUAUUGCGGAGUUUCUGGGAGGCACAUGAUUGUAUCCUUGAGAGUGGUGGAGCUCUGAGUACACUGACAGUGGCUGUGAUAAUUCCGCUGGAUGGUGAUAAUGCUGGGAAGUCGGUGGUGUGUGCCUGCAAUGUGGGUGACUCUCUGGGUUAUGUCUAUUCCAAGACUUAUGGUGUCCGAGAAUUUACACAAGGAUCUCACGAUAUAACAUCCAUGAGAGAUAUGAGAGAUGCCCUGGGAGCUUUGGGACCAGUAGAUGGGAAUAAGCCAGAAUUGGGUAAUCUUACACUGUCAAUAACUGUGGUGGAACAGGGAGAUAUUGUGUUUCUCACAUCAGAUGGGAUAAGUGACAAUUUUGAUCCAGUUGUGGGAAAAUUUGCUGAAGCAUUGACAAGUGAUUCGGUGAUAGAGCCAAGAUUGGCAUCUAAAAGGCAAAAUAAGAGUACUUCGGCAAUUCCAUCGACACGCCAUGAACGUCCGGGUAUUGGGCAUUUGAGUAAGGAUACCAAUUCUAUUCCAUCCAUGAUGAAAGGGGGUGGCGGACGUGGUAAGGGGGGCAGUAGUGUUACUGCAUCGAGUUCCACAACAGCAAAUCCUGCACAUCCAAUACGUCCGCCACGGACAAAAAAGACUGCCACGGGAUUGACAGGGGCUCCAGCAUCAGCGAUGUCAUCUAAUGCUGAAAAUAUUGCUCCCAGUCGUCCCAAGUACAUGAGAUCCCAUACGGUGAUUGAACCGAGAAACAGUACAAAGGUGUCGUCACCGGGACCUCUAAUGAAAUUUCCCAGAUCACCUGCCGGACUGCCUCUGGUUACGGGGGCACAACGUCACAAGCUGACACUUCUGAGACUGGAGGAUCUGCUCAACUAUGGCAUCAAUGGGACACUGAAACCCUGUACGUCGGCCAUGAAGUUGUGUCAGCUUCUCGUGGACUUUGCCAAGAUGAUUACAGCUGCCAAGAGAAAGGUGCUGGAGCAGAGAGAAAGCUAUGUGAAACUCGUGCCCGAUGAGCAUGGGAUUAGGCGAGAAGUGGAGAUGAAUAGACUGCAACAGCGAGGCGCUAGACGGAGAAUCGUCGAAGGGAGUACUUUCCAGUCGCUUCCUGGCAAGUUAGAUCAUGCCACUGUUGUGGCUUUUGAGAUUCUCUAAAUAAAAUUCCACCCUAAAGGGAUGUGCUUCUAAAUGUGAGGGAAAUUCAAAAUAGAAAAAAAAACAUUUUAACCCUUUAAGGAUGACAAUGAACUAAUUAGGGAAAGGCUUGCAGGCUUCGCACGCACUCUAGCUUUCAACAUUUCAUACUUUUGCAUUAUUCCUAUCUGACUUAAUUUUUUCAGGAAAUGUAUGGCUUAAUACGAAAUAUUAAAAUAUAUUUCUAUAUGUCAGAAUUAUUAAUGAUAUAGGGGAAGGCGGGGCUACAUUGUUAUACGUUUUGUUUUCGCAUAUUUCUAAAUGAAUCUGGGUUUUAACAUGAUGUAAUUUGGAUAUACAGAAAAGAAUGUGGAUCUAAAUAAAAUAAUUGUAAGGACUAGCUUCAUUUAGAAAUAGGCGAAAAAAUAUGAAGUGUUCGAAGCCAGAGUAUAUACGAAGUUAUAUAUAUACUGAAAUUAAUAACACUGUGCAACAGUGAUUUUGUCCCUGGGUUCUCAUGCUAUUUUUUCAUUUGCUAGGGUCAAAUGAUUUACGAAAAUAUUUAUCAUUUUGAUUUCAUUUUGUUUUUGCGCCUGGAAUCUAGGCAAAACCGUUUUUUGAUACUUCUGUGCUUAUAUCUCCGAUUCUGCUGAACCGAUUUAUUUCUCAAUAUGGGAACAUUUGUACGUAGCUGAAGUUAGCCGAAAUCCACCCGAAAAAAAGGUUUGUGUCUUGGCUGACAAAAAAAGCCAAGACACCCAGGCUAUUGAAUAGGUCUUUCCGUUAUUUUUUUUCAUGCAAAAGAAACUCAAUCGCAAAGAAAUUAAUUUAACGAUAAGUGAUUUUUUUAAAAUUAUUUUCUUGUUAAUUUUCUUUUGAUUCACACUUUUUCACUUUAUUUGUUUAGCAAUCAUUUUAUCUGUGAUCACAGUGACACCCGAAAAAACUAUUUGAACUGAAAGAAUACUCUUAAUUGAUUAAUUGUUUUGAUUAAAAAAAUUAAUUUCCCUAUUUAAUACAAGUGCGGUUUCAUGUUUACAGUAGACUCUCGCAAAUUCGGCUCUUUUAAGAUCGGGCUACUUUUUAAUUCGGGCAGCAGUUACAUUUGAAAAAAGUUUGUUGUCAUUUUUCAAGUAUAAUUAUGAUAAUCAAAUGAAUCAAAUAUGCUCAAAUUUGGCAUGGUUUGUCUUAGUUUUGAUGUGAUUUUGCAUUAUUGAGGGAUUUUCAUGCAAUUUACGAUAUAUACCAGUGUGUAAACUCAAUAUCUAUAUGCACAUGUCGCCCGAAUUUCUGUCUAAUUCGGCUGACAUUUCGGUCCUAUAUGCCCGAAUUUGAGAGAGUCUACUGUAUUUUUUUGAAAUUAUUGGUUUAUCGCUGAUCCCAGCGACACCCGAAAAAUUUCGGGCGCUGAUCUCAGCGACACACCCGAAAAAAAUUCUUUUCCACUGAAAAAAAAAAUAUUUAAAUGCAUUUUUCCACACGGAAUUACAUUUAAAUAAAUUCGUGUGAUUAAAACAUUCACUUUUCAAUUCAUUUUUUUUUACAAUUCAAGUGCGUUUGCGUUUUUAAUUUACGCAAAAUCACUUUUCCGUUAAUCUCAGUGACACCCGAAAAAUUUCGGGCGCUGAUCUCAGCGACACACCCGAAAAAAUUCUUUUCCACUGAAAAAAAAAAUUUCAAUGCAUUUUUCCACACGGAAACCAAUUUUUGGGUCAUGUGCCUUUUUGGCUAGCCAAGACACAAACCAUUUGUCGGCUUAUGUUAUAGUCUUUCGGGUCAGCCAAGACACAAACCUUUUUUCGGGUGGAUUUGACCUCUAGAUUUUUUGGGGACAAGAGUACCCAUAAAGUUUGAACAAGUUUUUUGAAAAUUUCAGAAAAAAAAAUAUUUUUCGAAUUUAUGCAAUCUGUAGUUGUUAGUUAUCAGACUUAUUGGCCCCGAGAGGUUUUUCCUUAUUCUGGUCUAGAAAUAUCAAAAAAGUCAGAAUAUCUGCAAGGAAGCAGAAAAUCGUAAAUUCACGAUUUUUGACCAAAAAUAUCUAAGCUCAGGAGUUAAUUAGGAUCCUGCAAAAAAUAUCCUAGAUUUGGACAUCCUUAUAGUUUGUAAUUAUCCAGAAGAAUCGGUUUUUUUUACCGAUUCUAGAUAGUCUAAAAAAAAUUGUUGUUAUUUUCAUGGGUACCCAGAGUCCCAAAGGAGACGAAAGAGUUAACUGAUCUUGACGAUUUCUUAGGCAAAUUGUAAAGAUCAUUUUUGUCUAUAUUUCUCCUUCAAUAUCUUUCUCUCAGUUCAUAAAAAUCCUGAAAAAAAAAAUUCAGCAAUUUCUAAAGUGUGUAAGGGCGUUAUCACACGUGCGCAUUAAAAUUUUAAUAUGAUUCACAUUAAUUGUCGCUUGUGAGCGUCCAAAUAUUAUAUUUGUGUCUUUGAGUCACUUAAUAUUUGGGGUUUUUCUAUUUAUUGAUAAAGAAGUGGACUUGGCCUGCAGAAAUAAGUUUAAAUUUAUCUAAAGCAUAAAUAUUUUUCACAUUAAAAAAUUAAAGAGAAAAUCGCAUUAAUUUUUCGCAUUAAUGCUACAAAUCAAUUUAUAUCAAAUUUUACGGGCCAAGGCUACCUUUUUAUCAACAAAUAGAUCAAAUUUUGAAUAUAAAAUGAUUCAAACAUACAAAUUACAAAUUUGUACUCUCAUCAGCGACAAUUAAUGUGAAUCAUAUUAAAAUUUUAAUGUGCAAGUGUGAUAACACAGUAAGAGGUACAGAAUUUUAUCAAAGACGCAUAAAUUCUAAACGUAAACCUUUCAAUUUCUAAAGUUAAAACUUUCGAAAUGUUAUUGGUAUUUGUCUUGGAUAAAAACUAAUAUUUUUUGUCAGGUUAUAAACCUACGUUGGUUAUUUUUCAUGUAAACUAAAAAAAGAAUUAUUUAGCAAUUUAUUUAGAAGAUUCUUUCUCAUCCUCAAAGGGUUGUAAUGUAAAAAAUAUUUUUCCGACUUGCUAAAUGAUAUUGUAUUUUAGGUAAAAAAAAAAGAAAAAAGAAAAUUGUUUGUGAAUUCAGUGUCAGAGAUUUACAUUGUGUGUAACUUCGAAAUUAUUCAGACAUUUUUUUUAAUGAAAUUUGUGGAAUUUUAGAUGUUCUACUCUUUUUGUCAUGAGAGAGCACGUAAUAUCCCCAGAAAUGGAAAUUUUCUCCUGCCAUAAAUCACUCAAAUUCCUCCCAAUCCCAAUCCGCAUCACAUCAAUCAGCUCAACACACAAUCUCGAAAAAUUUAUAUAAGUAAUUCAGUGCAAAUUGUAUUGAGAAUUUUUAGAAAUAAUGGAAUUAUGCGUAAAGUACAAGAGAUCUGCAAUA